UUUAUUCACUCAUGUGGCAUUGCAAAAGUUGUAUAUAAACAUGAAGUAGAGCAGACCAUUGUAGAUACCGCUGAACAGAAGUAGCGGAGGUUUUUUGUUGUUAUAGCAACAUGGCAUUACAAGCAAAACGACAAAAUGUCAAUGUGAAAUGAAAUGUUGCAAGAUCCAUGGUAAGAUCUGCAUUAUAAAUCGAGAUUUUUUGAAAAAUGCCUUUAACGAAGAUCCCAAAGACUCGGGAACCUUUAUGGAAAGAAUGGAACAUUAAAGCUGAUAAAAGCGGUGUUAGAAAUACAGUAUAUUCUGUGAACGGCGAUCAGUAUACAGGGGAAUGGAAAAAUAACAAAAAAAAUGGUAAAGGAACGCAAAUUUGGAAAAAAACUUGUCUUGUGUACGAUGGUGACUGGAAGGAUAACAAAAGAUGUGGUUUUGGAACCUUAAGUUUUCGUAGUAAGGACAAAUUUAGAAAAAUUUACUCAGGAGGAUGGAAAAAUGACAAGCGACAUGGCUAUGGCACUAACUUCUACACUAACACAGAAUACUAUGAGGGGGAAUGGUACGGAGAUAAAAGAAGUGGAUGGGGUCGAAUGUACUAUGAUGAUGGUUCUGUUUAUGAGGGUGAAUGGUUUAAUGAUAUGAAAAAUGGUCAGGGAAUGUUACGCUUAGCCAAUGAAAACAGAUAUGAGGGACUUUGGAAGGAUGGUAAAAAACAUGGUGAAGGAAAAUUUUUCUUUCUAGACAAAGGACAGUUGUACAAAGGUGUUUGGGUAAACAAUAUUGCUAAAUGUGGCACAAUGGAGGAUUGCGGUCGAGAAGAUGCCCAACAGCAAACACUAUAUCCCAUACCAAAGUGCAAGUUGCUUGAUAAAGAUGCAGUGGUCAAAAAUGCUGAAGAUUAUUUCUUGGCACAGUGUGAUAAUCAGUAGGCUUGUCGUAUCUGCCAGCAAAAUCAAUUUUUUGCAAAAGGUCAAUUAUCUAUCUGUUUCAUAAGCUGAAGAAAACAAAACACAAUCUUUAUCAAUACUAUAUUGUAUGAAUAUCUGCUGGUUGCAAUUUCUGUACAUAAAGUUGAAGUUCUUCGAGA